UACUUGACGGCGUUUGUUUUUUUGGCUCUGGAGGUGAGCGAGGUGUACAAGCUUCACCGCGAGACGUACCACCUGGCUCAGGACUACUUUGACCGCUUCAUGGCCACGCAGACCAACGUCUUCAAGUCCACGCUGCAGCUCAUCGGAAUCAGCUGCCUUUUCAUCGCAGCCAAAGUCGAAGAGAUGUACCCUCCCAAAGUGCACCAGUUUGCCUACGUGACGGACGAAGCCUGCACCGAGGACGAGAUCCUCAGCAUGGAGGUCAUCAUCAUGAAGGAGCUGAAGUGGAGUCUGAGCCCGCAGACGCCCGUCUCCUGGCUCAACGUCUACAUGCAGGUGGCCUACCUCAAAGAGUCGGACCAGCUGCUCAUCCCCAAAUAUCCGCAGGCCACCUUUACGCACAUCGCCGAG